CUCACAUGGUUAUGCGGCUUCCCGUUCCUUAUGAGACCCCGAAAAUCUCUCCGCAAGACAACGGCCCGAUCAAAGCCGAUGGUAGCGACUACCCAUGCAGGAACGCGGGCGGCGUGGACUACACAGGAACGGCGACCAAGAUGGAGAAGGGCUCCAAGCAGAAGUUGGCUUUCACAGGCGGCGCAACCCACGGUGGCGGCUCCUGCCAGAUUUCCCUGACCUACGACAACCCGCCCUCCGCGAACAGCGCCUUCAAAGUCAUCCACUCGAUCCAGGGUGGUUGCCCUAUCAGGUCGCACGCCGGAAACUUCAACACCCAAGACGCAACCGUCACCCCACCGGAUGAGUACGAGUUUACGAUUCCCGACGACAUCCCUACUGGCAACGCAACCCUGGCCUGGACCUGGCUGAACAAGGUUGGCAACCGCGAGUUCUACAUGAACUGCGCGCCCGUCGACAUCACCGGUAGCGAGGGCAGCGAGUCGGCCCUGGCUGCCUUGCCCGAUAUGUUCAUUGCCAACAUCCCGCAGGGCAACGGUUGCACAACGGUUGAUAACGCGGAUGUCAAGUUCCCCAACCCUGGCAAGUCGGUUGAGACAACUCCCGGCAAGGAAGCUGGCCUGGCCGCUCCCGUGGGCAACUGCGCUGGUAGCGCCGGUUCCGGCGGCUCUGGCUCGGGCUCUGCUACUCCUGCGGGUUCCACUGCUACCCCGGCUGUCCGUGGCCGCCAACCCGCCUUACGGGCCUAAGGGAUGACCACGUGCUCUUCAUCUCGACUGCCGGAAGCAUAGCAAGAUAAAGCUUGGAUUGGCGCACAUUCGUUGCGCACGAGCAUGGUCGGUUCCGUCAUGCUUCAAGAUGGGUUAGGCCACUCGUUGCGGGCCACGAGAAACUUGGUGGGAUACUCGCUUCGCUACAAGGGCCCGGGAACUCUGACAUACAAUACGACACAUUCACUUGGAAUCAGCCAAAUACACAUUCAUUUGGACAGGGUUUUGGAGAAACGGCGGACCAGCUUUUGAACUAGACAUUUCCUUCCUUAAGGCUCUGGGUAGCUAGAGUGGUUGGUGGUGGAGGACAGCCAUUCCUUUGAGAAUAGAACACGUACAUUCCUUUGCAC